AUGGGCGACGACGACGACGGGUCGUCGAGGCGAACAUCGCCGCUCGACCGGUCCCCGCGAUCGCCCGCGUCUCGGCUCGGGAACGCGCGCAUCGCCAACGCGCUCGCGUGCGCCCCCGUGACGACCGAGUCGAGAGAUGCGAGCGCGAGAUCUGGACCCGCCGACGACGCGCGGGAGACGGAGGAGACGAACCGAUCCCCCGCGCACAGGAUGUCGGUGUACAUCGGGACGUGGAACGUGGGCAACACCGCGCCGCGGAUGGACGCCGCGAAGGCGUGGCUCGCGCCCGCGCGCGGCCACGCCAUCGUCGCCGUCGCCGCGCAGGAGGCUUCGUACCCGCACUCCAAGCACAACCUCUCGCCGAAGGACGUCACCGCGGAGCUGUCGGAGAGGAAGGGCGACUCGACGGCGAAUCCGGAGGUUGGCGGUUCGACUCCACCGUCGCGCGGGACCGAGGGCAAGUCCCGCGGCGUCGGCUGGCGGAUGACGAGGAGCAAGAUGACGCGCUUCUCCGGCGCGGUGGCUGGCGCGCUCGCGGGAGCCGUCGCCGCGGGACCCCUCGCGCCCAUCGGCGCCGUCGCCGGCGCCGCCGCGGGCUACUACUCCUCCGCCAAGGUGGCGGAGGAGCUAAAGGUUCGCGAUCACUGGUUCGACCUCGUCAAAGCCGCGGUGGGGCCGGAAUACGUCACGGUACAGACGGCGGUGCUGCUGCAGAUGCGUUUAAUCGUCCUCGCUCGUCGCGACGUCGCGGACCUCGUCACCGAGACCAGGGUCGGGUACCAAGCCACGGGGAUCCUCGGCGGGACCGUCGGGAACAAGGGUGGGCUGAUGGUGAGGAUCGAGCUGGCGCACGGCCGGGAGAGCAUGGCGUUCGUGGCGACGCACCUGUCGGCUCACGAAGGGGAGAAGCACGUCCGCUCACGAAACGAGUCGCUCGCCAGGAUCCUCGCGGGGUGCUGGGACGGAAGCCUCGUGCGUCGGCUCGGGGAGGGCGGCAACGGCGUGGAUGUGGACGGGGGGUCCAGCCGGCCGUCGGCGGGCAGGGACGGUGACGACGCGGGCGAUGUCCGCGGCGGCGGGGGUGGACGGGGAGGACGGGAGCGCGAGGAGACGCGAUUCGAGUACGGAGAAGACGGAACUGGCGGAGGAACCGGCGGAGUCGGCGCGGCGGGUACAGGGGACGCGGACGCGGACGCGGACGUCGAGGGUUCGAUCCCCACCAGGAGCGCCGGGCCGGAAACUUUCGGCGGCGGUCGGUCGCCGACGACGCGGUCGAUGACGGCGAGAUCGGCGCUCCCCGGCGAGGAGACUCCGAACAACGCUUCAUCCGCUUCAUCCGCCGAGACUCCCAUUCGCAUCGCCCGGCAGCUCUCCCGCAAGGCUGGAGAUUUCCUGCAGGAAGCUGGCGCGACGGUCACGGCGUCGCCGGCGAUGAGGCGCGCGAGGGAGGGCAUCGAGAAGCUGCAGAGCGCGUCGGGGAAGGUGCUCGCUCCGGGGAAGGCGCUCAACUCCCGCGCUGGGGACGCGACGACUGGCGUCGUCUCCGGCUCCGGCGAUGACAAAAAGCUCCCUCCCUCGCGCGUCUUCGCGAAGGAGCCCGCUCGGGAGCUCCUGGCGUGCACCGGCCACGUGUUCGUGUUCGGGGACCUGAACUACCGGAUCGACCCGGGCGCCGUCGUGCAUCGCGAGUGGGGCGCAAUGUGGAAACGGAGCAACGACGCGCCCUCCGGCUCAAUCGCCGCCGCCGUCGCGGGCCUCGCCGCCAAGAGCGCCAAGAAGAAGGCUGUCGCCUCCGCGUUCCAGGCGACGUCGCCGAGCGGUAAGGGGGGAGCGGGGACAGCCGGGGACGGCGAGGACGGCGGUUCGAUUCCGGGGUCGUCCGCCAACCCGGGGUCCAGCGCGGCGGGAUCCUCCGCCGCCACCCCGAGCGGCGCGGCGACGCCCGUCCGGGGCGGGCCCGGCGCAGACGACCGUCACGCCGACCGUCACAACGACGCGUUCAACUCGGCGGCGUGGGUCGAGGGAUGGCGCGCGGUGGCCGGUUUGUGCGAUGCGUCGGAUUGGGCGAGCCUGCGCGCGGGCGAUCAGCUGUCGAGGGAGAUUCGAAGAGGGGUGGUGCUGCACGGCUUUCGCGAGGGCGCGCUCGCGUUUCGCCCCACGUUUAAGCUCGACUCGUCGACAGAGAGGAAAGGCGACGCGAAGGCGAAUCCGGAGGUUGGCGGUUCGACUCCACCGUCGCGCGAAGACCAAUCGGAUGUCUCGACGCACAGGGGUUUCUCGAGGAAGCGGGUGCCGAGCUGGUGCGACCGGGUGACGUUCGGGUCGCUCCCCGGUUUCCAGAAUGGUUUCCAGAAUGGUUCGGAUCGCGUUCGCGUCGAGGCGUACGGGGCGUGCCACGGGUUAACGACGUCCGACCACGCGCCGGUGUACGCCUCGCUCGACGUGGCGAUCAGGGGGGUGGAGGAUGCGACAUGCGGCGACGACUCCGGUUGGGGCGGAGGAUCGGGCGGGUGGGAGGGGCGACUGCGGACGACGCCCGAGCGAGUCCGCCGGGCGCGAUCGACGGGGGCGACGACGACGACCCGACUGCGCGCGGCGGCGCCCCCCGCGGCGGCGACGGUGGCGGUGAACAGCCUCCGCGUCGUCGCUCGUGGUUUCCAGAAUGGUUUCCAGAAGGGGGGAGGAGGGGGAUCGAAAGGAGGGACGACGGCGGACUUGAGCAGCGGCGACUCGAGCGCUCGAUUGGACAAGGCAAAAUCGUCGGACAAGACGGACAAUCAGGGCGACGGCGGCGAGCCCGAUUCAUCCGCGGCGGGGAGCGACGUCGACGCCGCCGCGGCGGCGUUGCGUCGCCUCCUCGCGUCCGUUACGUCCGUCCCGACCUCGACCUCGACCUCGUCGCCGCCGCCGCUUCCCGUGACGGUUCACGUCUCCUGCGAGGGCGGCGUCGAGGUGGUCGCGCCCGAGGCGCCGGCGGACCGAGCCGCCGGCGCCUCCGUCGUGCGCGUCGUCGGCGAACCGCGAGGUCGCGGGCUGGAUUCCCCGCGCCAACUCUCCGACGAUGAAUACGACGACGAUGAAUACGACGACGAGGACGACGAGGAGGACGGGUCGACAAAAAAGACGCGUCUCGGCGCGAAGCUGGAGAUUUCGUGGGCGGACGGCGCGACGCCGUCGAUCGCACUCGCGCCGCGCUGCGCGACGGUGGAUACGAACCGCCAACCUCGCGGUUCGCCGCCGAGGCGCGCGCGACUCGGCACGCGUCGGUCGACGCGCGGGUCCAAGUCGGAGCCCGUCGGAUCGGGAAAAGAAUCCGUGGAAGCAUCCGCGGAAGGAUUGGAACCCGGCGGCGCGAGAACGUCGCUGGACGAGACGGCGGAGGACGCCCUCGCGUCUCGCAUCGAGGCCCUGACGAUGUCCCCGUCCCCGUCCCCGGGGGGUGCCGACUUUUCGUCCCCGCAAACAUGGUCGCGCGUCUCCAGGGUGAACGCGUUGGGCGCGUGUCACGCGAUUGUCACCAUUAGCGUCGACGGGUGCGUAGCCGGCGUCGGCGUGGUCGGUUUGGGCGAAGCGGUUAAAAUCGUCGCGGAUGGGAUUCGAGCCGGGGACGUAAGGGACGAGCAGGUGGCGAGCUCCGGUGCGGUGAGGUUCAGCGUUCCGCUGACGAGGUGCGGGCGGCUCUUCGGGAGGGUGGAGGGCACGGUGUCAAUCGCCGUGCCGGCGGCGUGA